UUACUAGUGUUAUAUGGAUCAACGUGUAUUCUGUGAGGAAGUAGGCCUAUAUAACACCUCUGCGUGCACGUAAUCGCGUUUAUAGUUAACUCACGGAGCAGGCAAUAUGGAUGAACAAGCCCAGUACACGACAGUGAGUGAGAACCUGACGACAUCAGAGCCUAUGUUUAAUGAUGACUUGUCGCCGUUCAGCACCGCCCUUACGGAGUAUGUUACGCAACAAACAGUGGCUGCCAAAGGUGGUACAACGCAAAACACUAUACCGGCGGUCAACACAACACUUCUCAUAAUUCUCUACAGUAUAACAUUUCUCUUAGCGGUCGUGGGCAAUAUUUUAGUGAUGGUUACAAUCGUUCAAAACAAGAGGAUGCGGACAGUGACCAACGUUUUCCUUUUCAGCCUAUCAGUCAGUGACCUAUGUCUUGCACUUCUCUGUAUGCCGUUCACGUUGGUCGGAAAUGUACUACGCACAUUCAUAUUCCCGUAUUCAUUAUGUAAAAUCAUUCUUUAUUUCCAAGGUGUGUCAGUAAACAUAUCAACAUGGACCAUGGUAGCUAUAUCUGUUGAGAGGUACUUCGCCAUCUGUAUGCCACUGAAGUCGCGUUCGUGGCAAACCAAACGCCAUGCUUACGUCAUCAUCCCCAGUAUCUGGAUAGCUGCUUUUGUCAUAUUUAUCCCAACUGCCAAGUUUACGCAAGUUCAAGAGUCCGGACCAUAUAGAAGAUGCUCAGAGGAAUGGCCUAGUCAGAAUUUCAUGAAGACAUAUUUGACUAGUCUGUUAUUCGUACUGAUGGUCAUUCCAUUUUUAGUGAUGGUUCUAGCAUACGGAUUAAUCAUCCUAGAGCUGGAGAAGGGCAUGAAGCAGAUAAAAAGGGCAACUAUAAAAGAAAAAGAGGACUGUGGAACUAAAAUGGCGACGUUUAAACCAACGCCCCUAAAUGAGCAACAGAAAGAAACAAAGCCGAAGGACUGGAAUACGACGGCCACGUGCGCCCCACGUAACACAUCGACGAACAAGGCUAAGAAGCGCGUGGUGAUUAUGUUAAUAGUAAUCGUGGCGCUGUUUUUCAUCUGCUGGACACCGUCUUGGGUGAUCAACAUCUGGUUCGUCCACCAUCAGGCUUCGGCGGUGGCCAUGCUUAACCCUAUCCACGUGAUCUUCAUCCGUCUGCUAACCUACAUAUCGUCGUGCACUAAUCCAAUUGUCUAUUGUUUCUUGAACAAGGGUUUUCGUCAAGGAUUCCUUGAGGCAUUCGGGUGUUGUCUUGGCCGUAGGUAUAGAAGCAACCCAUCUAUGCGAAACGUAAACAUCAGAAGUAAUACGGCAAACGUUACCAAGCAACCAGUUACAUCCGGGUAUACUAAUGUCUCCUCGGAAUCCGAUUCAUAAAAUAAUUAAUCGAUGGUAGAUGUAGGCCUACUAAUAAAAUCAAUCUGACCAUACAAACCGACUAAUACUAUACCACAGAGAACCAUUGCUUUAACCUCAAAAUACAAUAGGCAUACCGGGCCCGUGUUUAUAUAUGCUGUAUUUCAUUUACAGUCAUAGUUUUAGUUAAAUAGAAUCUGUAUAUACGUUUAAUGUAUAGUUUUCUUUCAUUUUGUAUAAAUAUACCUCGUAUAAUUAUGGAACUUUAGCCAUUAUUUAAUA